CUGUGGAGCAUUGAACUUGAUGAUGCAGUUUUCAUUCGCCUUUUGAGGGCUCCUGCACCGAAGAUGACAGACAGGUCUCUUGAUGUGUUCCCUACGGGUAAUGACGAGAGAGAAUUGCAGCCAGACCAAGACAAGUCUGAUGUUGGACAAGGAAAGCUGGAGGCCGAUGUGGAAGGAGGAGCAGAUCGUGGCGAUGUGACCAGUCCCGUGGCAGGUGAAGCAAAGGAAGGGAAUGAUGCGGAUCGGCAGGUAGCCAAAGAACAAGAUGUCUCGCGUCCUUCAGAGCCUGCAGUCAGAGAAGGUAGUAUUGUGGCAGCAGAUAUUUCCAACGAAGGUAACUCACAAGACCUUCAGACCUCGCCAUCUGACGAGGACAACCUUGCGCUGGACGUCCUUCCGAGUAGCGAUGACAUCGAAGUCGCCAAUUACAACGACCAUCUGAAAGAAACAAUGAAAUUACAACAGUACACACAGACGCUGAUGGUGGUUGCCAGGUACUUAUACAUCGCAACUCUAGCACUAGCAACAGACGCACAGCAUCUUACUAAAGCACAAGAUCUGCUGUUCACCUCAUUGAAACUUUGUGAUAAAACAGCAUUAAUGCUGCAGAGCUUUCAGAGUAGUGCGAAUAAUAUUCUGGAGAAGUUGAAAAUUGCAUAUUUGUACUGUAUGGAUGGAUUUGAGGACUUUGCUCGAACAGAUAUAGAAGCGACCAAAAAUGAUGUGGAAACAAUGAGGCAAUCUGUCAAGAAGACCCAACAUUUGUUAGGUGACUUAAGAUCAAGAAUCACUGAUGUUCAGAAGACUGUUGGGGAUGAGUCUGUGAAGUUGGAACGAGCAGGGGUGGUGGCCCCAGGAAGAGUACAGGACGAAUCGGUUGAAUCAUUUGGAGAAGACGAAAACAGGUUUAGAAGUUGUAAAGGCGACAAGGAGUUGAUUGAAGAGAGAGAAAAGAGGAGUCCAUUGAAAAUGGCAGACGUUGAACAAUCAUCCCAACUGGAACUGGGUCUGCCCGCAUACUGUGCAUGGAUUGUCCUCGGUCUUGCAACCCUGGCUCUGAUAUUCGUUGUUAUGAAUGUUAUCGACGAGUACGACUCUAUCUGGCCGGACAUAGACAAUGUACAUCCACUGAUGCUCAUCGCAACCAUUUCAUGUUUGGGCCUACUGUUUCUUUUCCUCGGGAUAUUCGACGCAUGUAUCCCAGCAUUCCCAUUCGUAAAGUACAUUAACAUUAUUGUGGUUGUGUCCAUCGCGCUGGUCUAUUUGCAAAUCUUAGACAGUCAUUUCCUGUGGUGGUCAGCACCCAAUAACAACUGGAUAUCCUUCCCGGUUGUAGUUCUUCUGCUUAUUGUUGAUGCAAUCUGCGUUAAGUUACUUUGUCAAUGUGGCAGGCCAGUCGUCUUUCCGAACAAUAUCGUGUCCAUCACUAGUGCACGGAGCCGGGUAGGUAGAGGCUGCAACAAUCAUGACAUGAAGACGACCGCAGGAGAAGUCGACAACGAAAGUGUCACUGGGACUAAUGGCGAAACUGAUGUGGAUGAGGUCGAAAGGAAGAGCAUCCAGCUUCAGUAUGGCAGGUUUAAGCUGACGGAGGCAGUGCUGCGGGAGGCUGCGAGCAAUCUAGUGGUAGCUUCUGGCCUAUUGGACGGGCUGGUACCAGUGGUUGAAGGGUGGUUUAGGGAGUGUGAGGAUGUCCUGGAGCCGGCGAUGAAGCAGGGGAUCAGCGCGUCUGAGAGCAUGUCGGCAGAGGAUAGGAAAGAGUACUGGAACUCCAUGGUCUUCAAGAAGGAAGUAACAAGUUACUAUUGCAGGUGGCGAGCACUGCAAGUCUACUCCGAAAACACGCGGCCAAAACUGCAGACAGCCCGCCAACGCAUCGAACAGUUCUACACCGAGAAUCCGUACCCACGUGAGGCAGUCGAGUCGGCAUGGAAGAUGGCAGCUGAGGAGACCGUGCCAGAGAUACGCCACCUAGUGAUCAGUUUCAAAAGUGACAAUCGAACUCCCAGGACUUGUGGGGUAGUUCAUGAAUAAGACUAUACAUGUAUAAGUAACAUAAGGUUUUGCUGGUGCGAAUUUAUAAGCGUAUCUAGAGAGUUCGUGUAUCAUUUCUGACUCUGAUUUUAACUUUACAUCAAAAACUUUCACUGAUGACUGAUCGGGGGCUUAUACAUAACUAAUGAUGGUUCGAUAUGGACGACGUAAUAUUAUGUUGUAUUAAUUAUAUACAUUUUGUAUUCUUGACUCUCUGAAGAAAAGUUCAUAGACAAUA